CACACACACUCUUAUCCUCACACAUACACGUCCACACACACGGAGUCGCUGCAUGUCGGAGCAAAACGUCUGGACUCUCUCUACCGCCGCUGCUGCCGCCGCUCCUCUCCCGGUUACCGAAGAGCGGCUGUUUGAUUUCGCAGUCUGCGGCGAGCCUCGUCGUGACAGAGUUUGGAGACGGCAGAAGGAGCAGUGAAGGAGGAGGAGGAGGGAGGAGGAAAAAGGUGGUGUCCUCCUGUCAGAAACACACUCUCCCUCCGACACAUGGCCGACAGCAGGAGACGGAAGGGGCGAGACUGAGUACGGGACUGACAGAGAUCCAGAAACACACGCACAGAAAGAAAGAGGCAGUUGGCCAUCUGCGGGUCGGUCCCCUGCUAUUCUGCAGCUGUGCUGGAGUCAGCAAACGCUCCUCAGUUCCGUCAGGACUUCAGAAACCACAGAGUGAGAUAACGGGGUUCUCCCUACAUCUCGUUGCUCAAGGGAUGAGCCAAGGCUGGGGCGAUGUUAAGGUCUCGCUGGCCUCGGAUUAGGCCCCUGGGGCUACUUCUUUGGAGGGAUGGGUGAUACCCCAGCUGGAUCUUCCGCUGUCGCCGUCCUCCACAGCUGUCAUUAGUGGCUAAUGAGCUGCUGCUAGAGAGGAAACGGAGAGGCAGCCUGUGGAGAGAGGAGGAACCUUACAGCUGUUAUUAAGAGGCCCAGAGCUCUCAGACAAGGAAUUUACCGUUUUUCAUCCUCUGCUAAAGUGGAACCCUUUAAAACUCUUGUGGGUGGAAGCAUGAAAGGAUAUUAACUUUGGAAGUCAUUGUUGUAGACGUCUCUUUUUACCUUUUUUUGUUUUAAUCAUCGUAUUAUUAUGUCUGAAAAUUGUCACCAUGCAGUUGAAAGACCUUUUUUUUUCAGAGAGAAGAUUCAGUAUUUAGACGUUAAUUAUUUUUCUCUCUAAACUGAAGGAGUUUCACCUUAACAUUAUCAUCCAUCCUUUUUCUUUAUUUUUAAGCUAUAUUGUUUUACACUUUGAUAUUAUUUCUACCUUCCUAUGCCCUGAAGGAUAUUGGUCACCAUGGCAGCAGCCUAUCGUGUAGUGGUGAGCAGUGUGAGCUGCUACAACAGUGUGGUAGUGGACCGGCGCACUCACUCCCACGCUGUGCACUACUGCUCAGGGCCAUGUGGGGCGCUGUCCCAGGGACUAGACUGUACCGUCGCACACCGCGGCACCUGCUCCGAGCUGCUUGUUGCACCAGACUGUGCAUACACUGACCCAAACUGCUCACUCAUACACUCCCAUAACAUGAUCACGCAACUUCCCAAUCAUGGUAAAAUUACCAUGGAUACUAGUUAUAAUGGUCUAGAGAGGGCAGGCAGCAGUGGCAAUUUGUCUUUAGGGGAUGACAGCCCCACGUGGCGUGGUAAAAAAGCCCCCACCAGCGGAGGAUCGACUGGGAACCUGAGCUCCUCUGGCAGUCUGAAGGACAUUACCGAAGAGGCCAUCAACCUGGCCAGUGGUAAGCUCAAAGAGUUCUCUUUUGACAAGCUCCGCCUUUCCUCCUCCAGCCACGUCACCUUCCGGAAAGGACGUAAGGUCCGUCCUGACUCUCUCAGCCGUCGUUCCACCGACCUGGAGAUCAUCUACGGCCACUUCAGCUCCAACAUCACCACAAACGGAACUGCUAAUGGCAUGACAAAUGGCACGGGUACAUCUAACGAUGAGAACCUGCCACCAUUUGUGCCAGGGAAGGUAGCAGGCCUUGAGGAGACAAAGCUAAAGGGCAGCACAGCCACCUUGUCAGCCAUCACCAAAGUGGGUGGUGGAUCAACAAGCAGUCUAUCGAGUAUUGGGUCUUUGGACCAAAGUCUGAACACGGUGGCCUCCCUGUACCGCAACACCCUGGGAGAGGAGAACCUGAUUGCCCGUCUGCUGGAGAAGACACGCGCGGAGGCAGGCACUGGGGGUGCAGGUGGCGAGGACAUCCGUGCCUGCCUUGACAUCCUGCUCAAAUGCUCUGAAGACUUAAAGAAAUGCACCGACAUCAUCAAGCAGUGCAUCAGACACAAAGCUGGUGGAGGGCCAGAGGACGGAGGAGCCAGUCCUGACAGUGUGUAUCGGGCUGUGAUGACUCGACUCAGCUCCUAUUUGAGGAGAUUACCUCUGGAGCUGGAGGGAAUUGGAAGUUUGGGAGGCAGUGGGCAGGCAGGUCAGGGUUCGCCUGGAAGCGGGCACAGUGAUCUUGCUGAACUGGUCAACACUCUUCACUCCAUCCAGCAGGGACCGUACUCUCCCAUAUUUGGCAAUGAGCAACCUCCUCGCUAUGAGGACGUGGUGCUGUCACCUCCCAUCCCAAAGACUGUACCUCAUUCUGCAUCGUCCACUCCCUCCUCUGUUUCAUCCUCCUCCUCAUCUUCUUUGAAAUCAGACUCCAUCCACACGAAACCAGCCCAAAGUUCCCCGUCCAGAGCCCCUUCACUCACCAACGGACUACAACAUCCUUCCUCUAUCACACAACACACACUCUCUCCUCCAUCUAUCACAUGCUCUUCAUCCAGCUCCUCUCCAACACACUCUCCCUCCCCUCUCCGUACCUCCCCGACCCCACCAUACGCACACACUCCUCCAGCAUCCCCAAUGGAGGCUCUUUAUAUUGAGGAGGAGGAGGCAGAUGUUGUAAAGACACCUGAACAAAUCUCACAACACACUCCAACCAGAGGGGUGAACACUCCCCAGAACAAAAACGGGAUAACGUUGGGUCAACACAUGCACCUGUCCCAUCCAAACACACUCCAUAACUCUUCAAAUACAACAUACAGCCCCUCCUGGCCUUCAUCUCCCUCACUAACACCAGCACCCAAAGCUGUCUCACACAGGAACGAUGACAUUGACAAGCUGCUGAUGGACUUGGAGAAUCUGUCUCAGAGUAUGAGUCACCCCAGAAACAUCGAGCCUCCACUUCCAGCCAAAACCAGGAAGAGAGAUGGAGGCCAGGGAAUCACUUCCAGUGACACUCAGCCUAAAAUAGCCCAGUUCCAGGUCCAGAAGCCAGCCAGCCACCUAGCCAUGAAUGGCCCUACCUCCAGGACUCCCCAGAGUCCCCCACCUCCCCAGGGAGGGAGCAGUGAAGCUGUGGUGGGAGAGGAGGAGGAUGGGGCACUGCUGCUGAGGAUCCUAGAGAGCAUUGAGAGUUUCGCCCAGGAGCUGGUGGAUUCUGGGGCGGGGAGCACAGGGAGCGCUGAGAGGAACAGUGGGAAAGAGCGGGAGGUUAUGAGGCUCCUGCAGGAUACACUGGCCACCACUGGCAGGGCUGAUACCCCUCUGGGGGGCACAGGCCCACCAGCUGCUCCCACUGCUCCAUCCGUGCACACAAAUUCAGCAACACAAAUCCCAGCUAUACCACCAAAACUGUCAAAUACACCUGCAGUUUCACCUGCACCAGCACCCAUAGCUCCAGUAUCUGAAGCUGUGAUCAGUGCUGCAUCUGAACCUGCACCUAAGCCUACACCUGAAGCUGCCCCCAAACCUCUACCUACACCUAUACCUGAGCCUGUAACUGAGGCUUUAGAUACAGUUACAGAAGCCUCUACAAGUGAUCCAACACCCAUCCCUGCCCCUGUAACACCUGCACCUGCAAGCUUGCAUUCCUCCACACAUUCAGCUGAACCUGCACCUGUGGCUGCACCUGAAGCUCCAGCCCCUGCUGCCAUCCCAGUCGUGGUAGCUGCAAGAGACGCUGCCGUCGCUGUUGGCGACCUUGCUGCUGCUGCUGCUGCUGCUGCUGCUGCUGUGAGAGACACUGGUUCAACCCUCCUCAUCCAGCAGACUCCAGAGGUGAUCAGAGUCCAAUCCAAACCAGAGAAGAAACCAGGCACACCUCCACCAGCCCCUGCCUUGGCCACAGCCACUCCCACCCCCGCUCCACGCUCUCCCAGCCCUCCACCAGCUCCGGUGAUAGUCACCCCUCCUCCCCCUGCCAUCAACAUUCCCAGGUUCUACUACCCCCGUGGGCUCCCUGCCAUGGGCCCGGCCACCAACCACGACGCAGCCAUCGCUGCCAUCGAGGCGGCGUUCGCUGAGUUUGAGGAGGAGAAGGCUGACAUAUAUGAAAUGGGCAAGAUUGCAAAGGCAUGCGGGUGUCCACUUUACUGGAAGGCCCCCAUGUUCUACUCAGCUGGCGGUGAGAGGACAGGCUUUGUCUCUGUUCACUCUUUCGUUGCAACCUGGAGGAAGUUGUUGCACAGUUGCCACGAUGAUGCAUCAAGGUUUAUCUCCCUGCUAGCCAAACCCAGCUGUAACUACCUGGAGCAGGAAGACUUCAUCCCUCUACUGCAGGACAUAGUGGAUACACAUCCUGGACUCACAUUUCUGAAGGAUGCACCUGAAUUCCAUUCCCGCUACAUCACAACGGUGAUCCAGCGGAUAUUCUACGUGGUGAACCGUUCGUGGACGGGUCGUAUGACCAUGAUGGAGCUGCGCAGGAGCAACUUCCUACAGACCCUGGCCCUGCUCGAGGAGGAGGACGACAUCAACCAGAUCACUGACUACUUCUCCUAUGAGCACUUCUAUGUCAUCUACUGCAAGUUCUGGGAGCUGGACACCGACCACGACCUCUACAUUGACCCCAAAGACCUGGCCAGAUACAACGACCAUGCGUCCUCAAACAGAAUCAUUGAAAGGCUGUUUUCGGGGGCCGUAACUCGCUCUGUCUCUCUGGUGUCCAGGGGUAAUGCUGUGCAGAGGGAAGGCAGGAUGAGCUACGCUGAGUUCGUCUGGUUCCUCAUAUCGGAAGAAGACAAGAAAAAUCCCACCAGUAUAGAGUACUGGUUCCGCUGCAUGGAUUUGGAUGGCGAUGGCGUCCUGUCCAUGUUUGAGUUGGAGUACUUCUAUGAAGAACAGUGUGAGAGGAUGGAAAGGAUGGGCAUCGAACCUCUGCCCUUCCAGGAUUUGCUCUGCCAGAUGCUCGAUCUGGUCAAACCUGAGAGUGCAGGUAAGAUAACACUUGGUGAUUUGAAGCGCUGCCGGAUGGCCCACAUAUUCUUCGACACCUUCUUCAACCUGGAGAAAUACCUGGACCACGAACAGAGAGACCCAUUUGCUGUGCAAAAGGACAUCGAUAGUGACGGUCCAGAGCCAUCUGAUUGGGAUAAAUACGCCUCUGAGGAGUAUGAGAUACUGGUGGCGGAGGAGACUGCAAAUGAACAGCUACACGAGGGGUCCUUUGAUGAUGACUAUGAAUCAGAGGAGCUUCAAGUCCCUGGAGAGAUUGGGAAUAAAAUGGAAAAACUGGUCAUAUCAGACCUGACGGCAUAAACUCCUUCCCUGGAAUUCCUGGGUCUUUCUCUCUGGAAAACAAACAGGAACAAAGUGAUAGAAAGUCCUUUUGGAUCAAAACAAACACAUGGACGUGAAGACAGAGAAAAACGGUUUUGGCAUCUGUUUCUCGAUGACUCUGCGGUCUCCUCAGAAUGGACUGAUCUAUUUUUUUGUGUGUGUGUGUGACCGUAAACCAGUACUGUUCUGUGUCUGGUGCAAUAAUGCAUCUGUAUUCAUACAGAAAACAGUUUCACUGCCUCCAGCUCUUCGCUCCAUCCUGGAGAACAAAGCCGACGUUGGGGGGGGGAAGUGUAAGAUAAACUCUAAAAGGAAUCAAGACAAAAAAAUGUCGCUGUAAAAUAAUGUAAUUGUGAAUUCUCUACAGACAAUCCUGCCAGAAGACAAUCAUGUGAAGGUAGACAGACAGGUAGACUGUCAGUUACACAAAUAGACUCGUAGUUGGAGAGACAGGGAGACAGAAACAGAUAAUUAUAGUGAUAGGCACUGCCGCUGAAAACCCACAGUCAUCUGCUCAAUAGUGAUACAUACAGACAGACACUGCCGUCACAAACCUGCUGCCUGUGCAGCUUGUCACUGUGUUCCUUGUAAAGGAAGUCUUUAAACCUCCAAUCCCUUCAGGGAGGAAUCAUGUAACAGUUUGGGUGACUGUAACAGCACCCCUCUGUGGCCAGUCUGUGCUACUGCAUGUCAUUACUGUCAUGCAUGAUGCAUAAAGGCUGGCAAAACCUUUCCAAGAGGGAGUUCAGUUCACUGCACAGCCUGAGCUGCUCUAUUAUUAGUGCAGCAUUAUCAGCAGCGCUCCACCUCUGGACUCCCUUUGCAGUCAGUUUUAAACCUUGGAAUAAAGUCUCUGACUACACAGACUGAAAGUUACCACUUUGUUGUGUUAAUUCUCAGUGAGGUCACAGCGAGACAUAUGCACAUUAAAUGAUGCAUUUAGACGAACAUAUCAAACUCUCUGGUAGAGUUGCCGCACAUUUCCACCUGUAACAUUUGUAAUAACGCAAUAGAUAACGCAUAAGAACUGUGAGUUGUUCCUGUCAGUCUAAUGCAGUUACCCAGCACAUCCUACUGUAUGUUUUCUCACGUCCUUGUUGAUUGUGUACAGUACUACCUGGUGAAAACUUUGACCUGUUUUUGAAAUUUAUGCCAAAAAUUGUCAUUCUUCUGCUUAGACAUCUCAUCGUCAUGCACCAUUUUGUUUAUAAAACUUUAUCCAUUUUCCCUGUAACACACAUACAGUACCAAACAAAACACUUACGACGCCUCUUAAAGGGUCAGUCCACCCAGAAUUUGCUAAAAACAUGUAUAAACUCACUUCUAGUAGUAUCUAUCCUGCAGAUAGUUUUGGUUCUUUUUGCAGACAUUUUAUGAAAUCUGUCUGUGGAAUUUUAUUUCUUGCUCUUAUGACACUGACAUUAACUACAGUAACGGGCACAUGUGUCACCGUAAUUUUUCCAAGCUUACAGGAACUAUGUGUAUGAUUUAGUGACAUCUAGUGGUGAGGACUGAGCAUUGCAAUCAGCUGAAACUUCUCCCGUGUGCCUUGCGUUAACUCGAGGUUAGGAUUCCUUCAGUGUUCAUUAUUCAGGGGGUUUUAUUGGGAGCCGAAUUAUCCACAAAGGUCUCUUCCUCUCCAAAACAAACAGACCUGAUGAUUUAAACCAUUUAAAACACUGAAUAAAGCAGUUUCAACUCACAAAUCAGUGUUUCUGCAACACAGUUCAGCUCAUUGCAGCAGGGCUACUAGUCCACCUCCUGCACUUUUUCUCUAUGAUAACUUAAGAUCCAGACAAUCAGGAGGUUUCUAGCUUGAGCCGAAUUAUCCGCAGAGGUCUCUUUCACCCCAGAACAAAUGGACGCGGUGAUUUAACCAGUAAAAACUAUGAAUAAAGCAGUUUCAACUCACAAACCAGUGUUUCUGCAACACUGUUCAGCUCAUUGAGAGGAGCUGUUAGCCGAUCUCCUGCACCUUUUUUCUCUGAUAACUUAAUAUGUGCUCGCCUUUUCUCUCUGCUAAUGAAAGAUCCAGACGUUCAGGAGGUUUCUAGCUUGAGCCGAAUUAUCCGCAGAGGUCUCUUCCUCUCCAGAACAAACAAACUUGAUGAUUUAAACCAGUUAAAACACUGUAUAAAGCAGUUUGAACACACAAAUUAGUGUUUCUGCAUCAGCAUUCAGCUUGCUGAGCACAGCUGCUAGGCCACCUCCUGCACCUUUUUUCUCUGAUAACUCAAGAUCCAGAUGUUCAGGAGGUUUCUACCUUGAGCCGAAUUAUCCGCAGAGGUCUCUUCCUCCCCAGAACAAACAGACGCGGUGAUUUAAAUCAGUAAAAACAUUGAAUAAAGCAGUGUCAUGUUAAAAAUCUGUGUUUUUCCAAUGCUGUUCGGCUCGUUGCGGAGGGGCUGCUAACUACAGUGCCCGACGCAAAAUCGUGAAGGGCCCUAUCUAGAGCCAGUGCUUGAUUUGUCUGUUCUGGGCUAGAGUUCGAGUGUUGCAACAUGGCGGACUCCCUGGACAAAGACCUGCUCCCUAUUUAGAUAUAAAUGGCUCAUUCCAAAGUAACGACAACAUGAGGAGUCCUAUUUCUCCCUUUAAUCCUACACACUGGACCUUGAAUCUCCAACAUACUUUCUUUUACCUUUUAUUGAAUUUAAUUGAAAUCUCAGAGACGGAUAUAUUAGGACCUUGGCAAAUACAAUCCAAACUAUUUGCACAGAUAGAUACACUAAAUAGGAGUUUGCCUUUUAAUUAAAACAAGCUGACCCUUUAACUCCAUGACUUACUGUGCUGCACUCACAGGGACAGGUGCAUGUGUGUACACUGCCCUUACUGUUGUAGCUAGGAGCGUGUGUUUGCUUAGAAAUCACUAAUAGAGGGGUGUGUUUUAGGAGCGUGUGAUGUGUAUACGUCGUAGCUGUUGCCAUGGCGACGGUGUUCCUGGGGUCAGUGUGUGUGUGCGCGCUUGUAUAACUCUUUAAUUAGGAACGGGACAGCUUUUGUCCUCGAUGGCUUCAAAUUCACUGGCGUAUACCUCCUUUACUGACACUUAACUGUACACAGACACACACAGAUACACACAUACACACUAUAGUUGCUAUUGAAAGGGAAAAAAAAGAGCUAGUGGAUGCUGGAAGGCCUUAAGGACCUUGAGUUUCCCCUUUCUGCUCUAUAGCCAUUGUAAAUGUGCCUGACUGUGUAUUAAACUCUAUUAUUAUAAUAAUAACUAAUGAUAAGCCAUUAUAGAUAUAACGGCUCAGAUUUUUGAUGUAUUUUGAUGGUUUGUAUUGCUGUGCCACUGUGUGGCUCGGGAUAGGGGGGUAAAUUAUGUUAGACGUGUGUAUGCUUGUGUGUUUGAUGCACGGUGGAUCAGCAGAAGAGGAGGAAUCCUCCGGAGGACUGGUCUGACAAUCACAAAAGUAUGAGAUGCAUCUCGGUGUGGAGACUUCUGAUGCUUCACCGCUGUGGUCACACACACUCACACACACUCCCAAGGAGACCCGCUCAUCCAGACAGUAUUUAAGAAGAACUGUUGAGAGCAAUGGGGCGUCUCCGUUUGUGUCCUGGUACUCACACGUGCAGCAUCAGGCGAGGAGAGAAGCCAUGCAAGACUUUUACUUUGAAAUUACACCUCUACUUUGAGAGGUAGAGAGAAGACUUUUACUAUGUGUUCAGAUCCUGAUGGCGAUUGUAUUGGCAUGGUUUUCUUUCUGUCAGUCACUUUUCUUUCUGUCUUUUCUUGGCUUUUCUUUACUUAACUUUUCUCCUUUACUUUUCUUCUCUUUUCUUUGCCCUGUCCUCUGUUAUUUGUUGCUUUUGUCUGAAGUUUAAAAGUUUAAAUAAAGAUGUUUCAAGAAUA